CUGGCCAUCCUGGAGGACUAUGCAGACCCGUUCGAUGUGCAGGACACUGGAGAAGUCUCAGCGGGAGCCUCAGGGGCCCCGGAGAAGAUCCCCGAAAAUGACGGCUACAUGGAGCCUUACGAGGCGCAGAAGAUGAUGGCUGAGAUCCGGGGCUCUAAGGAGCCGAGCGCCCAGCCCUUGCCUCUGUACGACACCCCCUACGAGCCGGACGAGGAGGGCCCCACCCCCGAGGGCGAGGCUGCCCCGUGGCCCCGGGAGUCCCGCCUGCCAGAGGAUGACGAGAGGCCUCCGGAGGAGUAUGACCAGCCCUGGGAGUGGAAGAAGGAGAGGAUUUCCAAAGCCUUUGCCGCCCAGUUUGAAGGAUCAGAGAAGAGCUGCCUGUCACCCGGCCGGGAGGAGAAGGGGCGACCGCCUCCCCGGCUCCCUGCAGUGACCCCCAAGCCAGCCAAGCCCCUGGGCACGGAGCCUGGCAGCCCCCUGGGGGAGUGGACGGACCCCGCGUUGCCAUUGGAAGACCAGGUCUGGUACCACGGGGCCAUCAGCCGCACCGACGCCGAGAACCUGCUGCGGCUGUGCAAGGAGGCCAGCUACCUGGUACGCAACAGCGAGACCAGCAAGAAUGACUUCUCCCUGUCCCUCAGGAGCAGCCAGGGCUUCAUGCACAUGAAGCUGUCCCGGACCAAGGAACACAAGUACGUGCUGGGCCAGAACAGCCCUCCCUUCAGCAGCGUGCCGGAGAUCGUGCACCACUACGCCAGCCGCAAGCUGCCCAUCAAGGGGGCCGAGCACAUGUCGCUGCUGUACCCCGUGGCCAUCCGGACUCUCUAGACCUGGGGCCCGGCGCCGGAACAGACCGGGAUCUGGCCUGGGCCGGGGGCCGAGCGUCUGGAGGGACCCAAGGAACUUGAUCCUGCCACCUUGCGUCCCCUUGCCCUGGACCCUGGGGCCUCUAAGGCCGCAGAUUCCUUAAUUUAUUGUAAAGAGGAAGGCGCCUGGGGCCUGCGCAGGGCCUGGUCCCCCGGGUCCGCCUGGGGCGGAGGCUCUCGCCUCGGUCUGCCCCGGCUGCGCGGGAAGCGCCCUGGCCAGCGGCGCGAAAUAAACCGAUCCUGCCAGGCA